CCUCUUUUCCUCUCAUGUACUUCCGGUAGAAGCGGAAGACAACAGUGCAUAUCUAAAGCUCUUUUACUGCAGGGAAACAAAAACAGACGUUUGAUAUCGGUUUCUCGACAAACUAAGACGUAAACAGGCAACAUGUUUUCCUUUCACGUCUAUGACCACCCCAUGGCCAGGGGCUUUCAGAACCGCUUCUCCACUCAGUACCGCUGCUACUCGGUUUCCAUGCUGGCAGGUCCCAACGACCGCUCCGACGUGGAGAAAGGAGGCAAAAUCAUAAUGCCGCCUUCAGCUCUGGAUCAGCUCAGUAGACUUAACAUCACCUAUCCAAUGCUGUUCAAGCUGACAAACAAGAACUCGGACAGAAUGACACACUGCGGCGUCCUGGAGUUUGUGGCAGAUGAGGGAAUAUGCUACCUUCCACACUGGAUGAUGCAGAAUCUGCUGCUGGAGGAAGGCGGUCUUGUCCAGGUGGAAAGUGUUAACCUUAUGGUGGCCACAUAUUCCAAAUUUCAGCCACAGAGCCCUGACUUCUUAGACAUUACAAACCCCAAAGCAGUACUGGAAAACGCGCUGAGAAACUUUGCCUGUUUGACAACUGGUGAUGUUAUUGCUAUUAACUACAAUGAAAAAAUCUAUGAGUUGAGAGUCAUGGAGACCAAACCAGAUAAAGCAGUGUCUAUCAUCGAGUGUGAUAUGAACGUGGAUUUUGAUGCCCCACUGGGCUACAAAGAGCCAGAAAGACGACCCCAGCACCAAGAAGAGCCAACAGAGGAAGAGGGAGAUCCCAGCAGUUACGCAGACAUGGACACAGGGUUUAGGGCAUUUACUGGCUCUGGAAAUCGCUUAGAUGGCAAAACAAAGGGGAUUGAGCCCAGCCCUGUCCCUAUUGCCCCAAGUGACAUAAAAAGGGGCAUUCCCAACUAUGACUUCAAAAUGGGCAGGAUCACCUUCAUCAGAAACUCGAGGCCUCAGCCUAAGAAAACCGUAGAGGAUGAUGAUGCCAUGAACCGAUUCAUCGCCUUCUCUGGAGAAGGACAAUCACUCCGCAAGAAGGGCAGAAAGCCUUGAAGAGCCCCAGUGCACCCCACCCCCCACCCCACCCCCACUACCAAAUAUAAUGUCACCUACAACAGCAGAGUAAAAACUGGUUACACAUGCACUUGGAUUUUGCCUCUUUUCCCGUUGAAACUGCAGUGGUGCUGUUGAGAUGAGUUUAUUUUUCAGUCUGAUAGGAUUAUUUUGUUCAAUUUAAAGCUGAGCAGCCGGAGACUAUCAGUAUAAAUGUGGUUUUCAUAACUGAGUGCCUAGUUUGAGCAGGGCAAUACAUUUUAUCACCAACACCCAGUUAAUGAUUUCAGACUUGUAUUAUCUUUCACUAAUGACUUUCUUUUUUUUCCUUUUCCUAUUACUAUGGCAUUUAAAAGAAUUCACAUCAGAAAAACAGUUGUGUAAAGUCCCAUUCUAACAAUGAAAUGGGAGUGAUAAUGCCUAUUUAAAUAAGCUUUUAAAUAUCAGAUUGGAAAUAGUUAAUGGAAAUAAUGUAAUGUUUAAGAUUGAGUAAUUUCCAACUUUUUUCCUUUGGUUUAUUUAUAGGUAAAUAAACAGUUGUGUUUUUGAAAA